AUGCAGCAGAGAGUUCUUAUCGUUACACCAGUGGCUUUGUUUGAAGUUGUGGAUGGUAAAACAGUGGAGCGAGGAAACUGUGCUUGUGCCAUUGUAGGACUUCCAUCUGAUCGGCCAAAGUACAGUUUGGUCUGUUAUAAUGAACGUCGUGAAACACUUUGUGUUGGAUCUCUUUCAUCCAAUAAUGAACAGAGUAUUCAAUUUGAGUUGCAGGUUAGCAUGUAUGCAAGUUUUCGCGAUAACAUGGGAAAACGUUGGAGUUUUAUGUUUCUUAAAGAUUCUCAUAUAGACUCAUUUUUAGCGGCAUUAGGUAUCGCAUGCUAUGCUCUUUCAGGGCAGCCUGCCAAUACUACUGUGAUUAGCGAUUUUGCACCAUCAACUGGAGAAUUACGAUUAGGAUUAGAACAUCGUGUGAAGGUGCGAUAUUCUGCCUUUGCUGUUCGAAAGAAUGAUUCGUUACUACAACUUGGUGAAUUAUUAGAAACAAAUGGUGAUAGACCAUAUAGUUUUCAACCAGUACAGUCCUUCAUGUCACUUCAUACAGAGUCGAAAGGGUUUGAGUCUAGUGUACUAGGUAUGAUGGAAGAUUCUAGGCGUACCGUCGUUGUGCCAGCCACACUCCCACGAUCUGGAAAACAUUUAUACGGUAAUGAUUGUGUGGCUUUUGUUGUGCAAGUAGUUCGUAUUAUCCAUGUUGAUGCCCCAAUAACAGAUAGUUCGAGGGUGCCAACAGUUUUCGCAGAAGAUGAUAACAACAAGAUAAACAAUAAUGCACUUAUUUUAGCUUCUCAAGAAGCCUUAACAAGUGCUUCUCAUAAAAUGGAUUCCAAUGGUACAAAGAUUGUUGUACUCCACAGUGAGGGUCGUGAGUCGGCAGUAUCUGGUACCGAUAAGUUUCUUAAUCCCAUGUUUGGUGGGGAGGGUAGUGGAAUUCCUACAGAGCACAUGACACUCAUUCAAAAACUUGGAGCCCAAGUGAAUAAUGCGACAACGAGUGCCCGUGAUAUCCGCGAUGUUGCGAUUGGAGUGGCUGGGGAGUGGAAGCAGAGCGUGAGCCGCCCGACGCCGUCGUCGCUGACGGAUGCGGCGCUUGAGGCCUCCGUGAAGGAGUUGAUUGCGGAGAAGCAGCGGGUGGUGGAGGAGAUUGGCCGCCGCGACGAGUUGCUGCGGGCGGUGGAUGCGCGGAACCGCGAGCUGCAGAAGCGCCUCGACGCGGCCGCGCUGGUCUCGCAGCAGUUGUUGGACGAACGCAGCGACGCGGCCCGCACGGCGUCGGAGGCGCGACUCGCCGGCGACCGUCAACUUCUGCGGCUGCAGGAGGCGCUGCGGGCGGCCGCGGCGGAGCGGGACGACAUCGCCCGGCACCUCCAAACCGUCAAGAAACUUCUCGCCGCCGCCGACGACGAAAUGCGGGCCGUGCGGACAAACGCCGACGCCCGCCGCCUGCAGGCCGACGCGAUCGCCCACCGCAACGCGGAGGUGCGGGAGGCCCUCGCGGCCGCGCGGCAGCGGCGAACGGCACUCGGCGCGAAGGCAGACGCCCUGCGGGAUGCGAUCGCCGCCGCCACCGAAGAGGCACACGUGCGGGCUGCGCAGUUGAAUGAUCUCCGACGGACCGCAGAGGCGCAGCGCACACAGCACGCACAGUUGAUGGAAGAUGAAAGACAAAGGCGUGGAUUCGAACAACAUCAGCUCCGAGAUGAGAUUGUGGUAGAACUACAGGGACGUGAAGACGCCUUUCGCGCAGAUCGUGCACGUGUAGCGGAAGAGAAUUUCGCACGUGGACGUGCUGCCGGACGUGAAAUUGGCAGACAAGAAGCACAAGUAGACGUUGCGGCACAGUUGGAUGAACUCCGCUUAGACGUACAACGUGCCCUAACGGAACUUGAUGCAUGCAAAACCGAUUUGCGUCGCGUUACGGAGAACGCUAUGACACACAAUCGUAUACUCGGUACAAAGGUAGCAUCACUCAAGAAGGAUAUGUAUGAGGAAACACGCAAGCGAGUACGACUUGAGUUUCAGCUUGGUAAUACACGAACAAAAGUUCGAUGUGCACAGGAUAGUAUUAUGGUAGCUUUCACAGAUGCUGUGCGUAGACUACGAAUGCCCGUAAAGCCAGAGGAUCUGUUAAAACUCCUGGAUGCCCUUAAGGAACGACGGAAGCUUGACUUUAGCUUUGAAGAGAAAACACUUGCAGAGGAGACUCAGGCAGUGAGGCUGCGGCGGAUUGGUUGGAUCGAAGAAGAGAUGCUAUCUCUCUACAGUAACAGUAUGGAGUCUUUGUAUCGUGCUUGGGUAGAACCACUGAUGGCGGAACAUCAAGCUACCGUACAGAUUGUAAGAGAUUUAUGGUUAAAUCGAGAUGGUGCGGCACACUAUGAACUCAAUGUUGCUGAAACACGUGAACGAUUUGAAAUUGUUCAGCAGAUGGAAAAGUUUUUUGAGUCCCUAUCAAAUUUCUUUAAAAAUCAGAUGGAUCAACGGUGUAAACUUCUCUCUGAAGCAGAGGCUGGUUUUACUGCACUACUAGAAGAGUACACUGAACUAAUGGCGCAACUCACUCUGUGGAGUCAGGCUGAACUACAGGCAAGAGAACAAUUGCGUAAUGAGUGCAUCGCAGCUCUCGCUGCUGUAGAAGCAGAAGAAGCGGAUGAUUUCCGUCGUCUCAUGAAGGAAGCAUUUGCUGAUGUGAAUGCGGCAGAUCAGGAUGCUAUUAUGGAAUCUGAAGAAGGUGCGAGGGCUACCAUUGACGCUGAUCAGCUUGCAGAGUACACAGGUUUACUCUUUGAUUAUAAUGCCGGCAUGACGGCGCUGGAGCGUGCGGCUGCUGUUGCGGCAGCGGUGGUGAAACAACAAGGCGAUCUCAUGAAUUUAUGUUUGGAGUCCCGGGAGAAUAUUAUUGCGGAAGAGCAGGACUCUUUUAAGGUCAUCACGAAUGAGUACAUCUCAGAACGACCCGUAGUGGCACCACCAGUAGAUACUAAAGAAGAAAAAGAAGAGAUAGAUCGUAACACGUUGAAUAUUCCUUCUCUCUCAGUGAAGAAGACCGCAACUCCAGUUAGUGCAGAUAUCGCAUCAUCAUCAUCAUCACCAGAGCAGCAAGAUAAACAACCACAACAACAAGAAGAAAAAGAUAAAGAGAAAAAACAGGAACAGAGUGAACAGAUUGUGUCGUUGAGGAGCAAUAACGGUAAUGAUAACACGAGUGAAGACAGUAGCGACGUGAUUGGUCCCAUACAACCCGUAAAGGCCCCACCACCGCGUCCAAAACCAUCCACAAAGAAAUCUAAUCUUUUUGAAUCUUCCAGCGAGAGUGAAGAAGAUACAAAACCGGUGGCAUUAGUACGAAAAAACAUUUCUACUAGACCUUUACCACCACCAAAAUCAAAGCUGUUUGACAGCACAGAUAGCGACUCCUAA